ACCAAACGAGCAUUUUUUUUACGCAUUUUUUUCCAUCAAUUAUUUGGUUGCUCUUUAAAUAAAACAACAAAAUGGAUGUGCGCCCAAAUCAAACUAUCUACAUAAACAAUCUGAAUGAGAAAAUUAAAAAGGAGGAGCUCAAGAAAUCGCUCUACGCAAUUUUCUCACAGUUCGGCCAAAUACUCGACAUUGUGGCGUUGAAAACAUUGAAAAUGCGAGGGCAAGCGUUUGUCAUUUUUAAGGAAAUUGGCAGCGCCUCAAAUGCCCUGCGCACCAUGCAGGGCUUUCCGUUCUAUGACAAGCCCAUGCGUAUUGCCUAUUCCAAAUCUGAUUCGGAUAUUGUGGCCAAACUGAAGGGCACGUACAAGGAGCGGCCAAAGAAGGUGAAACCACCAAAGCCGGCACCGGGUGCUGAGGAGAAAAAGGACAAAAAGAAGAAGCAGAGCAGCACCGAAAAUUCGAAUCCCAAUACACAAACGGAACAGCCGCCAAAUCAAAUUCUAUUCCUCACCAAUUUGCCGGAGGAGACAAACGAAAUGAUGCUCUCAAUGCUGUUCAAUCAGUUCCCCGGCUUCAAGGAGGUGCGUCUGGUGCCCAACCGUCACGAUAUCGCCUUUGUCGAGUUUACCACCGAACUGCAGAGCAAUGCCGCCAAAGAAGCGCUGCAGGGCUUCAAAAUAACGCCCACGCAUGCUAUGAAAAUUACUUUUGCCAAAAAGUAAACAACAGCGCAUAUUUUCCAUUCAAUAUUGGGCUAUAUAUACAAUUAUAUAUAUAUAUACGCAUAUAUAUAUGUAAGUGUAGGAAACUCGAUUUGUGUGUGCCUCACGCGAAUCUAAUUUUUUUUUUGUAACGCUCCUAAUUUAAAAAUUAU